GCCACGCACGUGUGCAUAUACAAGACAUGAUUAAAAGGGUUCGACUACAAGCCACACACACAUCGUCCAGUCCACCUGUCCAUCCAUCCAUCAGCAACGUCUGUCUGACCGAUGCCAUCCAUGAAUGCACCAUGGAAAUCACGAUCAGAACUGCACAACACACACAUACCACCCCACCCCACACAUAGGGAGCCUAGCCUGCCCCUAUCCACAGACAGACAGACAGACCGACAGACAGACAUACCAGCGGGACAAAGGACAGGCUGGCCCGUCCGCGCCAAAAAAGAGGCGGGUGUGUUCGGUCAGCACACACCAAGAGCGACCCGUCCCGUCGGCACCCACCCCUUCACGCCCAGAGUGCCUUGCACUGCUCUUCCAUGUCCUUGAAGGGCAUCGUGGGCCGCUGCAGCCAAUUGUCGCUGCACACAUACACACAAAGGAGGACAGCAAACGAUAUGUAACAAGUGAGCCUCGGCCUCUGCUUGUGGUAUCACCUGGACCACUGGCAGUCGUCCUGCUCCACAAUGUGCAGCGUGUAGGCGUGCCUGCGAAGGGCAAAAACAGGGCAAACAGACGCCUUCCAUUCAUGUGGGCGCCCCUGCCUGGGUAUGUCCCCAGCUACCUACCGUGAUGUGUUGGAGUAGUUGUGUUCGCUGAAGUGCACGAGGGUGCCGUGCAGCAGGACCAGCGUCCCCUUGGGCACCUCCAACGGCACUGCAUUCGUUCAGGAAUGCAUCACACAUACGAGGCAAUCGAUCGCCAAAGGGCAAACCAUCCUGCGAUGAAUCCUUGCCCUCUGCCUACCUGCAUUGUCGAUGUCGUAUGUGCCAGGUCUGUCGUAAGCUGCGCACGCACACGCUCACAUAGUGUACAGUACAGUGCACCAGAUAACCGAUUGUGGCAGCCCACCUGCACUCGUUCUGUCCUCAUUGAGGAGAAAUCUCUUCAGGAUGCCCUUCUUGUGAGAGCCCUACACGGACAGGCAGCCACACAUGCACACAUGGACAUGACAGAUCGGCUGCCCAGCCCAUGAGCCGGACGUCGACUCACUCACCGGCACAGCAUAAAGGCAGCCGUUGGUCUUGUUUGCGUCCUCGAGCGCUAUCCAAACACCUGCACACACACAGGCGGAAGGCAGACACCUCCAUACAUCACAGAUCGCAUAGAGAGUGCUCGACUGUCUGUCUGUCUGUCUGUCUCACCGAGGCAUGACGGUGGGUCGGUGUGGAUGAAGGAUGAGUCCUGGUGGGGCGUCACGCUGCCUCCUGCAUACACGGGGAUCAUCCACCAGUGUGAUGAGUGGAUGGCCAUGUGUGUGGGUGUGUGUGGCGUACCGACUGCAGGCUGCUUGAAGAUGUACAUUGACUGCACUACUGCUGGGCGCCGGUAGCCUGCAGGGAUGGUAUGCAUACGAAGCACCCACCAACGAGCGAGUAAACGGGCAGAUAGAGGUCAGAGUGCUCUCUCUCUCACCGACCCAGCGCCUUGCAGGCAUUCAGCAACACAGGAUGGUAGCUGAACUUCCCUGACACACACACACACACACACAGACACACAGCAGGUAGACAGGAAGCAACAAACACAUCCAUGUGUUGAUCCACGCGCAGAGUACUGCCCUCUCUUGUCCAUCCAUUGACGGAGACUGACUGAAUGUGUCGUCGAGGUCAUGCAUGGCAUGGCCCAUCUUGUUGAUGGCCAGCCUCUUGUCCACCCGCAGCCUCCCAUCCUCGUCAAAGGCGUCCUUCUCAAAAAACAUGCGGAUCUUGUCGCCGGACGACAGGAAGUACUCAUCGCUCUGGUGUGACAGACGCUCUGAUCCAUCACACCCAUACACAGACCGCAGAUGAGAUGCAAUCUGCCGUGAUGCUUCCAUCGAUUCAUGAUCGUCCCGUACCUGUUUCGAAAGUUGAUUUGUGCGAGUCCGCGUCGAAGCCACUCACGAUCUGCCCCGUGCGGCUGACCAGUGAGUCGAUUUCAUCGUCGGUGUAUGCACCGGGAAUGACCAAGUAGCCAUCCCUAUUGAACUUCUCCACAUCCACAGCGCUGAUCUGCGGCAUUCUUCAGCCUCAGAUCUUUGACAUGUGUCCGUUCUGCUGUUCC